AACGUUCAGAAACAGUACCUGUCACUAUCGACGCUCUCGUCACUUAUUUUCAUCACUAUCGGUAUGGCAUCUUCAAAAGGCGGCAUGCAAGAUGUUUCCCUUCUGGAGCACAUUGCCAAAGCGCAAUGCUUGAAUGAGCAGGACGAACACACGUUGCAGUCCAUACUUUCUUCCAAAGCACGAAACACAUCACCUGCAUACCUUGACAGCGAUGCAGAUGCAGAGUUACUAUUAAACAUCGAGUUCAACCAGGCAGUUCGUGUACGAUCAUUGGUCAUUCAGGCGCAGGAUCGAGGACCGGCGAAACUCAGGCUUCGUAUCAACUGCUCCGCUAUCGACUUCACCAAUUUUGAGGACUCGGAGGAUACCCAGGUCAUCGAGCUAAAGGCGGAUCAAAUUUCGAAAGAUGGAACAAUAAAGUUGAUUACACUUCAUCCCACCAAGUUCAACCAUGUGAACUCGCUUCAUAUCCUUGUGGAAUCUGACCACGAUAACACCAGAAUCGAUGCACUCGAUAUCUUGGGUACGCUUGUCCACGCAACGAAGAAUCUUAGUGGGCUUGCACAACAAGCGGACUAGCAUUUUGCAUUUUGCAACUUGUUACUUUGAGGCAAUAGCUUGAAUACGGAGUCCUAUUACUACUAAUGUGCGGGACUUUCAUUUCCCGUCAAUCUGAAGCCACAUACUCCACCUCUUUCGUUCUUCCUCAGAACCUUCGAACACCCAAUUAACCUUUAUUAUUUCUGAAAAGCCCUCUGUCAGUUGGGGCUCCUCGUAGUGGUUCUUGAAGCCUAUGAAAGCAACGUAUGGUAUUAUGUCGCGUCUCGACUCUAUUGAAGGAUGAACAUAUGCACGGUAGAGGUUAUUGUGCCAUGCCAGAUCCAUUGAACCAACGAACUCGAUACAUC